AUGCUGAGCCUGGAGGACGAGACGGCGCUCGCCAUCGUGGAGCCCGCCGCGCUGCACGCGCACGUCGACGCGCAGCGCCGCCUGCAUGUAACUACCACUGCUCUCUUAUUGCGAGCUGGGCGAGCUGGAGCUGUUCUCGUGCGUGCUGGGCCUGGAGGACGAGACGGCGCUCGCCAUCGUGGAGCCCGCCGCGCUGCACGCGCACGUAGACGCGCAGCGCCGCCUGCAUGUAACUACCACUGCCCUUUUAUUGCGAGCUGGGCGAGCUGGAGCUGA